GGCCCAGGCUCGGCGACCGGUCCGCAGUCUGUCCGCGCCGCCCGCCCGCCUCACGACUGCUCUGGGCAGUCACCAGCCCUCAGACGCCCCGCCUCUGAGAGGCGUUCGCGGCGGGCCGCGAGCGAAGCGGGCGUUGGUUAAGGAGACCCGAGGGGAGCAAAGCCUGAAGGGAGCCCGGGCGGGGGAGCAGCGAGAAGCGGGGCGGGGCAGGCUGCCCUCAGCCUGCGAACAGAGCGCCCUGGCCGGGCCGGAGAGGGCGUGUGGGCACCUGGAGCGCCGGGGCGAUUCUGUAGCAGUUGCGGAGGCGAAGGCGGGCGGAGGGGAAGGGAGGGGAGGCAGAGCCAGGAGGGCCCUGGGCUCCAGCUGUGAGCGGCCGUGCGGCCAGCGGGACCCUCUGUUCACGGUGUGGGCCGUUCUCGUCCGUGACCGAUCUCGGGUGCCCAGGGCAGGAUGUACACGCUGCUGUCGGGCCUAUACAAGUACAUGUUCCAGAAGGACGAGUACUGCGUCCUGAUCCUGGGUCUGGACAACGCCGGGAAGACGACCUUCUUGGAGCAGUCAAAGACCCGAUUCAACAAGAACUACAAGGGGAUGAGUCUGUCCAAAAUCACUACCACCGUGGGCCUAAACAUCGGCACUGUGGACGUGGGAAAGGCCCGCCUGAUGUUCUGGGACUUGGGGGGGCAGGAGGAGCUGCAGUCUCUGUGGGACAAGUACUACGCAGAGUGUCAUGGCGUCAUCUAUGUCAUCGACUCCACAGACGAGGAGCGGCUGUCUGAGUCCAAACAGGCGUUUGAGAAGAUGGUCACAAGCGAGGCGCUGGACGGUGUCCCCAUCCUGGUGCUGGCCAAUAAGCAGGAUGUUGAGACUUGCCUCUCCAUCCCUGACAUCAAGACUGCGUUCAGCGACUGUGCCUCCAAGAUCGGCAGGCGGGACUGCCUGACCCAGGCCUGCUCGGCCCUCACAGGCAAGGGGGUGCGUGAGGGCAUCGAGUGGAUGGUGAAGUGCGUCGUGCGGAAUGUGCACCGGCCGCCACGGCAACGGGACAUCACGUAGGCACACCUGCCUUUGUGCCCACCUCUUGUCCUGAAGAGUUCCUGCCCGCUCCACACCACCAAUCCUGGGGGCUGGGUCGGCUUUGCCUUUUGGUUGUCCCAUUUGCUUUGUUUCUUCUCUAAGACAAAUUUUUCUGUGUCCAGAAAAGCGGAGGCUUCUGCUAGGGGUGCUGGGGCCUUAGGGAUGCCAGCUGACCGCCAGCAGAACUUAUGGCCAUAGCAGGCCUAGACCUGCCCGAGUCCCAGUCUGGGGCCCCCGCGGGCCACCUCUCCUUUCGGAGCUGCUGCCCCAGCAGGCCUGCCGGUUUGGCCCUGCAUGGGGCCUUGAUGGGGAGCUGCUUGGAAAUAGGUGUUUCAGAGCUGUGGGGCCCUCCAUAGUGCUCAAGGCUGCUCUGUGCGUUAUGCCCAUGGAGGCAGCUAUGACUGUCCUUGGCCUCUGUCCCCUCUGAUCUUGGACUCAGGUGGGGGGGUUGGUGUCACCUGAAGGAGACCUGGGCUUGUUGCUGUCCCUGUCGUGAGCAGCUUCAGGAGGAGGCAGGGAGACCUGCCUGGGAGGCUGUGAGCCCUACCCACUGAUCCAGCCACCUUGUUUUGAUCUCCAGGGAAAAUGGGAAAGCUAGGUGGUUGUGCUGGGAGUGGGCAUCUGUUCCCCCCCACCCCCAGCCUGCCUGCCACCCACCCAGAAUAACCUAGAGAUGAGCUUGGGGUGUGAGGAAGGCCAGCAGGGUCCCAAGGAGCCCAGGCUAGUAGUGUGCUGGGCCUGUGCUAGCUGGGGGUGAAGGCCGGGGUUGCUGUCAGGUCUGGGCCCUUUCCAGUCCUGUGUCCAGGAGCAGAGGCCCUCCAGGCAACGCUGGUCCUCAGGACCCUCCCACAUGGCCCUUGUGGAAGCCGGUGACACCCCAUGAGCCUAGCCAUGGGCAAAAUAAAGAGUCGGAGUGGCUCCCAUC